CUCUCAUCGCUGGUCUUUCCAUCUCUCUCUCCCUUUCCCUUCCUCUCUGGCAUCAAUAAAAAUAUAUUAUUUUUAAGAAAUAAAGAACAAAGGAGAGGAAAACCUGUCACGUUUCCAUAUCUACAUAGAACUGGUUGUAUAAAUAUUUCUGCAUAAUCUGACCUUUCUGAGACUGGUUGCCCUAGUUGAAAUGUCUGGGUUCUGAGAUGUUUCACGUCUUCCUCAGAUCACUAACACUUAAAACAUGAACCACACAAGGUGCCUGCCCUCCUUCCCAUCCCCACUUCACACCAAACACGCUGACCUUUUGGCCAUUCCCUGCCCAUGCUGAGGCUGUCUCAGGUUUCUGUACCUUUGCACCUUCUGUUCCCUUUGGCUGGAAUGUCCUUCCCAUUCUCUGCCAGGAGAAUGCAUCCUGCCCGCAAGCUCAGUCUAGCAUCAUUCCUGGAAAAAGUCUUCCCGGACGUGUCCAGCUUGGAAAGGAUUCUUCCCCAGGCUCGGGAGGGAAGCAUGUUCCUUCUCUUGAACCUUCAGUCUCUCCUAGUUCCCCUCGGGGCCUACGGCACCUCACCUGGAAGAGAAUGGAGGUGGCUUUUCUCUCUGAGUCUGCAACAUUUUGGAGGAAGGUUUCCCGGAGUUGAGGGUUGUGGGCUGCUAGGUUAAUUCCACAGCCAGUUUUCCAGGCCCCCUGACCUCUAACCUGGCCCAUCAGUCCCGCUCAAGGUGUGUGUUGAAGGGAUGGGGGGGGUCUCUGUUACACUCUGCAGCCCCCAUACCCUCUCCAGCUUCUCACUGGCUCCGCAUCCUGCAUGCUCCAGGCACUUAGGGCGCUCACAGAGCCUGCACAGUGUUGACCUGUCUCACUCAGCCUCCACCUUCCACCCCUCCCAGGUGCUUCGUGUUCGCAACAUUAUUCUCAAGCAUCCCUGGGGCUGCAGUGGGGUUCUGGUUGUUGUGGGGGGAAGGGGGCACGAGAGAGUGACAGAGUGACGAGGAAGAAUCUAGAGGGCACCAUGGACUAAUGGCAGGAAUGAAGGAACCUGGCUGGAGAGGUGUGGGCAGGUGUUUCGCUUAUAGCCUCGUAGCCUGGAGAAAGGUUCCAUCCGGAGGGUGGAGGAAGAGCCCAAGAACAGUCCCUUUCUGCCCCGUCACUUCCUCUUUCCUCCCUCCAGCUGUGUUAUCUCCCAAACCAACCCCUCCCCCACUUUGUCCCCAACCCUGACCCUGAGUAUUUGAUUUGGAACAGAGGACAGAGGCUUAUGUGGGCCAUUUAAAGUCCAGGUUCCUACCACAGCCCCACCUCCCAAGCCUGGCCUGACCCCUGGCUCCCUCCAGCUUCAGCUCCACCCCCACCCAACCCUCUGCCCUUGGCUGAUUCUCUUCAAUGUACCCAUCAGGCCUCUUGUCCAGCAGCACCAGCCAGAGACCAGGAACCUCCAGAGACUAAAAGAGGUGCUGAUCCUGUACCCAGGUCUUGUUUAUCUUUCUAUUUCCCAUUAUUCAUUCCAAUUCAAGAGCCUGAAGACAGCCCAGGAGGUUUAGCUAUGGCUUUCUUCCUUAUUUUGCCCCUUUGUAGUGUUUUGGUGAUAGGCAUGGGUGAAGGUGGAGCUGGGAGUGAGGAAGGAUUUGAGAGGAGAUGUAAACCUGGACAGCUUCCCCGCUGCCCCUCCAUAUCUCCCAGUGCCCAGCACUGGACACAGCCUGGCCAGAGCCAGCUGUUUGCAGACCUGAGCCAAGAGGAGCUGACGGCUGUGAUGAGCUUUCUGACCCAGCAGCUGGGGCCAGGCCUGGUGGAUGCAGCCCAGGCCCGCCCAUCAGACAACUGCAUCUUCUCCGUGGAGCUGCAGCUGCCCCCCAAGGCUGCAGCCCUGGCACACCUGGACAGGGGGAGCCCCCCGCCUGCCCGGGAGGCACUGGCCAUCAUCUUCUUUGGUGGACAACCCCAGCCCAACGUGAGUGAGCUGGUGGUGGGACCACUGCCCCACCCCUCCUACAUGCGGGAUGUGACUGUGGAGCGUCAUGGGGGUCCCCUGCCCUAUCACCGACGCCCCGUGCUCAUCCGAGAGUACCUGGACAUAGACCAGAUGAUCUUUGACAGAGAGCUGCCCCAGGCUGCUGGUCUCCUCCACCACUGCUGCUUCUACAAGCACCAAGGAAGGAACCUAGUCACGAUGAACACGGCUCCCCGGGGUUUGCAAUCAGGAGACCGGGCUACCUGGUUUGGCCUCUACUACAACAUCUCAGGGGCUGGUUUUUUCCUGCACCCCGUGGGGUUGGAGCUGCUGGUAGACCACAAGGCUCUGGACCCUGCCCUCUGGACCAUCCAGAAGGUAUUCUUUCAAGGCCGCUACUAUAAGAGUCUGGCUCAGCUGGAGGAUCAGUUUGAGGCCCACCUGGUGAAUGUGGUGCUGAUCCCAGACAAUGGCACAGGUGGGUCCUGGUCCCUGAAGUCCCAGGUGCCCCGGGGUCCGGCUCCCCCUCUGCAGUUCCAUCCCGAGGGCCCCCGCUUCAGUGUCCAGGGGAGUCGAGUGGCCUCCUCAUUGUGGACUUUCUCUUUUGGUCUUGGAGCAUUCAGUGGCCCAAGGAUCUUUGACCUCCGCUUCCAAGGGGAGAGAGUGGCCUAUGAAGUCAGCGUCCAAGAGGCCUUGACCGUCUAUGGUGGCAAUUCACCGUCUGCUCUGCGAAGCCGGUACACAGAUGGUGGCUUUGGCUUGGGCCACUUCUCUUCACCUCUGACCCGUGGUGUCGACUGCCCCUACCUGGCCACGUACGUGGACUGGCACUUCCUUCUGGAGUCCCAAGCCCCCAAGACAAUACGAGAUGCCUUUUGUGUGUUUGAACAGAACCAAGGCCUACCCCUGAGGCGACACCACUCAGAUAUCCACUCCCACUAUUUUGGAGGCCUUGCAGAGACAGUUCUGGUCGUCAGGUCUGUGUCUACCAUGCUCAACUACGACUAUGUGUGGGAUAUGGUCUUCCACCCCAACGGGGCCAUAGAAGUCAAAUUGCAUGCCACGGGCUACAUCAGUUCAACGUUCCUCUUUGGUGCUGCCCGAAGUUAUGGGAACCAGGUUGGGGAGCACACGCUGGGCACUGCCCACACCCACAGUGCCCACUUCAAGGUGGAUCUGGAUGUAGGAGGACUGGAGAACUGGGUCUGGGCUGAGGACAUGGUCUUCGUCCCCAUGGCUGUCCCCUGGAGCCCUGAGCACCAGAUGCAGAGGCUGCAGGUGACCCGGAAGCUACUAGAGACAGAGGAGCAGGCCACCUUCCCCCUGGGAAGUGCCACCCCUCGCUACCUGUACCUGGCCAGCAACCACAGCAACAAGUGGGGUCACCCUCGGGGCUACCGCAUCCAGGUGCUCAGUUUUGCUGGACAGCCGCUGCCCCAGAACAGCUCCAUGGAGAGAGCCUUCAGCUGGGGGAGGUACCAGCUGGCCGUGACCCAGCGGAAGGAGGAGGAGCCCAGCAGCACCAGCAUCUACAAUUUGAACGACCCUUGGACACCCACCGUGGACUUCACUGACUUCAUCAACAAUGAAACUGUUGCAGGGCAGGACUUGGUGGCCUGGGUGACAGCUGGUUUCCUGCACAUCCCCCAUGCAGAGGACGUUCCCAACACAGUGACUGUGGGGAAUGGUGUGGGCUUCUUCCUCCGACCCUACAACUUCUUUGACCAGGACCCCUCCUCCAAUUCUGCAGACUCCAUCUAUUUCCGGGGGGACCAGGAUGCUGGGGCCUGUGAGGUCAACCCCCUGGCUUGCCUCCCCAAGGCUGCUGACUGUGCCCCCGACCUCCCUGCCUUCUCUCAUGGGGGCUUCUCUCACAACUAGGUGGUCCCUAGGAUGGGGAAUGUCCAGGGCCCCAGGGCCAGUGUGUGUGGAGAGGGGAGCAGUGGGCACUGGGCCAGGAAGCCUGAUCUUCCACUAAGAUCCUCUCCUCCCCAAGAUCCUCUCUCCCAUCACCCUUCUUUGCAUCACCCUCCUAUUGGAAGCAUCCUGAGCCUGUGAUGCCUGACACAGCAGGGAUUCAACUUUGUUGACCCUAGACCUGCUGGGUUUCUGUCCCAGAGAGGAGAGGAAUGGCCAGCUGGAGCUGGAGUGAUGGCCUAGCUUUUUCCCAGGAGACUUUUGUUUGUUUCUAACAGUUUUUUAAAUUUUUUUUUACAAUUAUAUAUCAUUCACAUACAAUAAGAUUUAUCCUUUUAAUGUGUCUAAUUUAGUGGGUUUUAGAAUAUUCAUAAAGCUGUGCAACCAUCACUACUAAUUCCAGAACAUUUUCAUCACCGCAGAAAGAAACCCCAUACCUGUUAGCAGUCACUUCCCAUUUCCCUUCAACCCUUCCCAGCUCUAGGCAACCACCAAGCUUUCUGUCACUACAGACUUGCCUAUAUUCUGGCCAUUACAUGUAAACAGCUCUAUACAACAUGUGGUCUUCUGUGAUUGGCUUCUUUCAGCAGAAUGUUUUUGAGGCGCAUCCACUUUGUAGCAUGAAACAAGACUUCAUUCCUUGAGGGCCGAAUUGUAUUCCAUUGUAUGAAUGUUACCACAUUUUUGUUUGUUCAUUCAUCAGUUCAAGGACAUGUGGAUUGUUUCCAUGUUUUGGUUAUUAUGGAUAACGCUGCUGUGAACAUUUGUGUACAAGUUUUCAUGUGGGCAUAUGUUUUCACUUCUCCUGGUACAAAGCUGGGAGUGGAAUUGCUGGGUCAUAUGUUUAACCUUUUGAGGAGGCUGCUGGACUGCUUUCCAAAGUGAUUGUACCUUUAUUUUUUCUUUCUCUUUUUUAUUGUGGUAAAACAUAACAACAUAAGAUUUACCAUCGGACCAUCUUUACUAGUAAAUAUACAGGCCAAUGGCAUUAAGUACAUUCGGAUGCUUUGUUGGGCCUGCUCAGCUCCUCCUCUGCCCGGGUCUUGAAUAUGAAGGUGAGGCCUCUAAGACCUCGGCUAGGGUCCCUUCCUGGCCUGUGUCCCAGCUGUUGGGAAGGUGCUUCUCUGUUUUAUUCCCUGUCAUCCUAGCACGUUCCUUCUCUGCUCUUUCUCCCUCCCCUUCUCUUGCUACUUCAGCUUCUACUCCCCGGCCUUCCCUCUAAGGUCCUGGGGGGAUCUCCUUGCUGCUUCAGGUCCUGCAAUUCUCCCCCAUCCCUCAAUUCCAGUGUCCCCCUCUGUCCCUGGGCUGGGGAAGCCUAGGACAGCAGGGCCUAUCUUGUGGGAGAGAAAGACAAUCCCUGGUUGUCUUCAUGUGAGAGACAUAGGUAUAUGGACAGCUUGCUUUCUUUUCCUUUUUGUUAAUCCUCAAAAAAAAAAAGUGAGUUGGAAAGGAACUGAGUUCUGGCAAAGGGACCUUCAUACAGACUAAACACUGUGGAAGCUACAUUCUUGAUUCAAGAAUAAUAGCACGAUAUGGAGACAAGAGCUCAGCUGGGAAAGGGUUAAGGCAGAGCUAGUUUGCUGUUGUUGGUUCUUUCCACUUUGCUUUUCAGAUCAGUGAUUUAGUUUCUCUUUACUUCUCAGCCCAAAUAAAUAUCAUUUUGACUUU